AUAGGAGGGUAAUAGGAUGGUGAGAGUUAGAGUCCAAAAUAGGGUAAACGUGGCAUUCAACUAAGCAUUACAAGUUUAGAUCAUUCGCUACGCUACUCGUCCUUUCUUACUGCCCAUUUUUCUCUGUUGGUAUGUAUUGGGGGCAUCCCCACCCUCAUCUUUACCCAUCCCCUACUAACAUAUUCACUUUCAGUUUUCCCUUCCUCUUCCCCAUCUCCCAGUUAGCACAAACUCAAAUCUCUUUUCCAAUUCAUCACUAAACGGCAUGAGAUGGUAGGACUCAGUGUAGUACUCGAAAGUUAUAAUAAAGACAUUAGUGCCAUAACUGGGGGUUCUAGUUGGCAGAUUCUUAACAAAGCUAGUAUGGUCAUGAAACCCACUUCUCCGACUACACCUUCUUCUCCUUUUUCCCGUCGAAAAUCUCCGGCGGCUUGUGGGUUUCUCGAUUCUUGUUUCCUUUGUAAGGAGAAACUCUUACCUGGCAAAGACAUCUACAUGUACAAGGGAGAAAGGGCAUUUUGCAGCGUGGAGUGCCGAUGCAAGCAAAUUUUAAUGGAUGAAGAAGAGAGUAUAAAGACGAAGAAAAGGGAUAAGAAACCUCAAGCCUCGACUACUUCUUCUAACAAAUCUUGUACUUCUUCUUCAUCGUCAUCGUCGUCUUCACGGAGUAAAAAAACGGCGGCGAGAAACUGACCCAAUGGGUUUGCAUACUGAGAAAGGAGUUCAGUCCCACGAAAAUUUGCUGCUUUCCAGUUUUGUCCUCGAUACAUUUCGUAAUGACUAUGUGUCCUUUAAAUUUUUUUCCCCUUUUUGUGUUUUUUUACUUUAAUUUAUUAAUUAAGAGUAGUAGUUUUUUUUUGUUAAUGAAAUUAAUAUUAGUAGUACGAAAAUUUGAAGGCAACAAAACAGCUGCUAGUUUUCAUUUGUCAGCCCCUGGGUUUUGGUUUCCCGUUGCCAAGGUAAACCAAAUUGCAUUAAAUUGCAAAUAAUGAUGGUGAGAAUCUUUCUUUUUCUGAAGUGUUGGUUGUGGGCACGGUCGGGAUAUUCUGGGUAAUCAAAUUAAAAAGUGGCUUUUUUUUUUCUUCCAAAUUAUGCCCUCAAGGGAGUGAUGAGUCACUACUUUUUAUUUUGUUGCAUUAUCAUGAAAAUAAUACUUCCUCUACUACUA